UGCAGCGGCGUUUUGAAGUGAAGCGCGACCAGACGUAGAAUGUGGCAACAUUUUCAACAAUUAAAACUCCAGCCAUGAAUUUAUUAGUGGAUUAUGACGAUUCAGAUGCUGAGGACACCAAGCAAGAAGAAGAACCACUUCCAAGCACUACCAGUUCAGCAAAGCCUGGUCAAGCAAUUCUGACAUCUCCAUUACAUCUAGAAGAACCCAGUCCAUCCAUCCAUGGAGGAAGAUCUCAAACCCAACCCUAUAAACCACCACCUGGUCAAACCUGGCCUCUUGGAAGCCAUGAAUCUCUCCCAGUCACAACCCCAGUGUGUUCAAAAAGAGCUCAGACCCCUCCGGCUGGACUCAGACCUUAUGUAUCAAAGAGACAGCGACUGAUGACCCAACCACAAGCCCUUCGAGACGCUUCAUCUGACCCGCAGGCCACCGACUUGCACCUUCUGUCAGAGGUGUCAGAGAGAAUCAGGCCGUAUAUCGGGAGGAAACUGGGACGAACGGAACUGCCUAAACGUGUUCAGCAUCACCUCAGCGCUCACGAUGGUCCGGUUAACACGGUGCAGUGGUGCCCAGUGCCACAUCUCAGCCAUCUGCUGCUCUCAGUCUCCAUGGACAAGACGGUCAAGGUUUGGGAUGGCGCAGGCAGUGGCCGUCAUCUCCAGACGUACUCUUCUCAUUCCGGAGCCGUGCGGGACGCCUGUUGGUUGCCGUGUGGCCGGCGCAUUCUGUCCGGCUCCUUCGAUAACGCAGCCUGCGUGACAGAUGUGGAGACAGGUCAGGUGAUCACCAGGGUCGAUAACCAGUGCAGAGUGACCUGUGUGGCCGUCCAGCCCUCGGAUCCCGCCGUGUUUCUGUGUGGAGGGUUCAGUCCCGAGGUGAAGGCCUGGGAUUCUCGGACCCGCACGAUGGUCAGAGCCUACAAGGCCACGAUUCAGCAGACGCUGGACAUCCUGUUUCUGGCUGAUGGGAAGGAAUUUGUCACCAGCAGCGACGCGGUCAGUCGGGAUUCUGCUGACCGCACCCUGAUCGCUUGGGACUUUGGGACUACCGCCAGGAUCUCCAACCAGAUGUUCCAUGAGCGAUACACCUGUCCCAGUCUGGCGCUUCAUCCACAGGAGGACACCUUUGCUGCUCAGACCAACGGAAACUACAUAGCGCUCUUCUCGGCUCGUCGUCCUUACCGGAUGAACAAGACAAAACGAUUCGAAGGACAUAAGGUCGAGGGCUACGCGGUGCAGUGCGAACUGUCUCCAGAUGGAACCGUUCUGAGCACGGGCAGUUCCACCGGCUCCGUGCACUUCUACGACUUUCAUAGUUCGCGGAACCUGUUCACGCUCGCCGCUCAUCAGCAGGCAUGUUUAAACGCGACCUUCCACCCCGUACUGCCCGCCCUGGUCGCCACGUGCGAUUGGGCCGGGGAGAUCAAGGUGUGGAACUGAGCGCUCCGAGCCCUGGACUUUGUGCACUUGGGAACCGGACUGCAGGGUUUCAUAUUUGGAAUGACGUUCAUUUAUUUAAAUGGAAUUUGUGGCCGUGAGUGUUUUAGCAACUGUGUUGACUUCUGUGUAGGUGCUGCUUUAUGUUGAUACACACUUGAUCCAUGCUUGUAUUUUUUUAUUGUUCAUUGUUCUUUUAGAUUGCUGACUAUAACUUAGAUAGGCCAGGAAGAUUAGCAACACGUUUCCUGUGGUGGAGAAACGAUUUACCAUCUGCCUUUACAAUCGAAGUGUAAAUAAACACGAUGUUUGUGCUCAGCA